AUGUUGUUCCUGUGGGUGUAUAUGAUAUAUUGCUGCGUCGGAUACUGUUCAACCAUGCCAAGUCUGAUGGUCAGUACAGCCAGCAGUAAACAUUCACAACAUCUCGAAAAAGUUGACCCUAACAAGACUCUAACCAGACUCCAAAACGAAGGGGACUUGGAAUCCGAACACCAAGAAGAUCCGCUAGAUUCUUUAGAUCCGUUAUUCGGCGCAUCAUCCAGGGACUUGUUAAAUAAUGAGAAUGAUUUGGACAGCAGAGGAGGGGAGGACUGGGAUGAGAUUCGAAGCGAGCAGAGGACGUUGGAUAAUAAUGUCGUGUCAAGUCUCUUCAACGAGUCAGGGCCGGUGGAGAGUAAGAAGUUGCCCCAGGCGAUUAUCAUCGGGGUGAAGAAGGGAGGCACACGGGCGCUGCUGGAGUUCCUCCGGGUUCAUCCCGACAUCAGAGCUGUUGGGGCCGAGCCGCACUUCUUUGAUCGGAACUAUGACAAGGGACUGGAGUGGUACAGAGACCGUAUGCCUGAGACCCAGGAGGGUCAGAUCACCAUGGAGAAGACCCCCAGCUACUACGUCACUAAAGACGUCCCCGCCCGUAUCCACAACAUGUCCCCAGACACCAGGCUGAUUGUGGUGGUCCGAGACCCCGUCACCAGGGCCAUCUCAGACUACACUCAGACCCGCUCCAAGAAGCCUGACAUCCCCUCCUUCGAGAGCCUCGCCUUCAAGAACAGGACUACGGGUCUCAUCGAUACGUCCUGGAGCGCCGUCCAGAUCGGGAUGUAUGCCAAGCACCUAGAACGCUGGCUGCAGUACUUCCCCAAGGACCAGCUCCUCUUCAUCAGCGGGGAGAGGUUGAUCUCCGACCCGGCCGGGGAGAUGACACGCGUACAGGACUUCCUGGGGCUCAGGAGGGUGGUCGGUCACAAACACUUUCACUUCAACCCAGCCAAGGGCUUCCCCUGUCUGAAGAGGCCGGAGGGGAAUAGUAAGCCUCACUGUCUGGGGAAGACCAAAGGAAGGACUCAUCCUAGUAUUGACUCUGAGGUGGUACAGAGGCUGAGGGAGUUUUAUCAACCUUUCAACAGGAGGUUUUAUCAGAUGACGGGACAUGACUUUGGAUGGGGUUCAUGGAGCUGA